AUGAGUUUCAAAAGAGAUGCAGAUCCAGUGUGGUCUAUGAGGAAAAGGGAUAAACUCUCAAAGAAGGAAGAGACUAGUGAGGGUUCUAGAAUGAAAUCAGUGAGGCUUACUAAUGUACGUGUGGAGGCAGACUUGCACCUGAAUUGGGGUAGGCAUGAAGCAGACGUUCAUGGUGGAAACAAUGAGCUUUCGGAAACUAAAAAUGGUGGUGGUGACUAG